AUGGAUGUGGGAGACCACCGUGAUCUUCUCGACCUCAUUGAUAGGCUCCGGUCGCAGGGCGUCAGCCACUAUAUAGACCUGCCCGAGAUAAUUGUUUGUGGAGACCAGUCUGCCGGAAAGAGUUCUGUUCUCGAGGCAAUUUCUGGCAGGACGUUCCCCAUCAAGGAUGGGCUUUGCACCCGUUUCGCCACUGAGCUAAUUCUUCGUCGAAGCCAGGAGGAGGGUAUCAAAGUGUCCAUCAUCCCAGGCGAGACGAGAGUCGGGGAUGACAAAGAGCGUCUCGAAAGAUGGCAACCAAGAGCAAGGGUCAAAGAGGACGGCUUGAAAGCCGUAACGGACGAGGCCAAGCAGGCCAUGGCGACCGAUUCAAGCAGUACAGGAGAUUUCUUCCAAGACACCCUCCGUAUUGAACUCACAGGGCCGGAAAUGCCACACCUUACCAUGGUAGACCUUCCAGGUCUCUUCAGGCGUGGAAGUACGGAACAAUCCGCUGAUGAUGUUAGCAUGGUCCGCGGAAUGGUAGAGAAAUAUAUGGCGCGGCCACGAAGUAUCAUCCUCGCUGUCGUGUCAGCCAAAAACGAUUACGUUCUGCAAGAGGUGACUUCGAUGGCGAAUAGGGCCGAUCCAAAGGGCCGACGCACCAUGGGUCUUAUCACAAAGCCUGAUACUUUGGAUGUCGGUUCUAGUACUGAGACACACUAUGUUCGUCUUGCUCAGAACCUUGAGUCAGAGCUUCAUCUCGGCUGGCAUACCCUUCGAAACCGAAGUUUUGAAGAACAAUGUGUUUCCUCAGCCCAACGCGAUGAAACGGAGAAGUCCUUCUUUUCUCAGGGCCUGUGGAACUGCGUUGACCCCUCAGACUGUGGAGUGGGGGCCUUGAGAGAAAAGCUCAGCAAAGUUUUGAGGGACCAGAUUCUUUCCGAACUUCCUCAUCUUGUGAGUGACGUGGAGGAUGGCCUUCGGGACUGCUCUGAUAGGUUGGAACGACUCGGUCCGCCGCGUAAUACCCCCCAGGAGCAGUUAGGCUACCUGGUACGGGUGAGUGACGAGUACACAUCCCUAAUGAUGCAGGCAGUCGAGGGAACAUAUACACACCAGCUUUUCGGAGGCCGGCGGGAGGAUAGGACAUUCUAUACAAGACUGAGAGCCGUAGUGCAGAACCAUCUCGUCGAAUUUGCAAGGAACAUGAGAUCAAACGGCCAGAAUCGUCAGAUCGUCGAUUCUGAUUGCGAGGAAGAGAGUGAUGUCGAAGUCUCUACUUCGAUUAAGAUCCUCCGAUCAGAUUAUGUCAAAGAUGUUGCGAAAAGCCUGAAGUAUAGCAAGGGACGCGAGCUCCCAGGCCUUUUUAACCCGCUUAUUGUCAGCGACCUUUUCGUUGAGCAAUGCGAACCGUGGAAGGGUAUCGUUAUGACACUUGCCACCGACAUCCUGGAAGCAGCAGUAUUUACGACUCGGCAAAUAAUUGAAAAGAUAACUGCAAGCGACAUCACCGAAAACAUUCUUGAACUCGUCGACAAAAAGAUUCAAGAAUUGCAUCUUGGAAUGGUCAAUCAGAUUCAUGCGUUGCUUCCAUCGGCGGCACAGCACCCCAUUACAUACAAUCCACAGCUAACAGAAAAUGUACGGAAGAUUAAGCAAGCUCGGCAAAAUCGCUUAGUUAAGGCUGUAGUUGCGAAGAUAUUUGGACCAUAUCGUUUCGCAAAACCAGACAGUACGGUUAGCAUAAAUCCAAUCCAGCUCGUGGACCUGGUGCAAGAGGUAGAUGAUUCAGAUAUGGAUCAGUAUGGAAGCUCAUUAGCUGUGGAUUAUAUGCAGGCAUACUACAAGGUUGCGGUUGAGCGAUUCAUCGAUGGUGUAAGUAUCUUGGCAGUUGAAAACUGCCUUAUCAGCAAGCUUCCGACUCUUCUUAAAUCACAUGAUGUUGUGAAAAUGACCAGUGUAGAGAUAUCCUUCCUUGUGGAGGAAUCCCGAGACACCUCUCUUGAAAGAGAGCGCCUUAAAAAGAAACGCGGGAUUCUUGCAGAUGGGCUCCAGACGUUGAGGAGUCUGCAAAAACGCAGCAAUUUCAUUGAAUUCCAGACACAGGAUGACGUGACAUCACAAUAUUCAGGUCAAGCGUCGGACGUAAGAACGAGCGCCACUGUUAGUGUGGAGGCAACUACUUGGUCAGUCAUCGAAGAACCUGGAGAUAUAUGGGGUAAGGUGUAUAAGGGCUAG